AUGAGCGCACGGAACAGCAGCCCCGCAGGCGAAGAAAAGACGGGCGAUGGCGUGUACGUGACCAAGAACCGGUCGCUCUUCUCCAUGUGGCUGCACGGCAAAGCCGUGCCAAGUCGGGCCCACCCGGCCGUGGUGUUCCGGUCGGCAGAUGUCAUUCAAGAGGGGUAUUUACUUAAACAGGGUUUGCGGUUAAAACUGUGGACGCGUCGGUAUUUUAUCCUGCGCUUGGAAGAGCGGCACAUGACGCUCGGCUAUUAUACGAGCAAAGACUCUUUAACUUUAUGCACUGAAACGCCCAUUGGACCGGGACACUUGUUAGGACACGUGAACGCCACCAAGUACCCGCGUCGACUGGAGCUCCGAUGCGGGACCAAAGUCAUGGUCCUGGAAGCCGAAGACCAGCGGUCCUUUGAAGCCUGGCGGAACGCCUUGCAAGAAGCGAUCCGCUGGAAUCACGCCAUGGUGCCCACUAAAGACGGCAGUUUUGUCACGUAUGGGAAACAAGCCAGUGAAGACUUGAAGCAGGAGGAACGCAGUCGAGCAGAAGCUGCCAAGAAGCUGAGAGAGAAGCAACGGGUCGAUGAAGCAGCUGCAGCGGCCAAUGCAGCGACAAAACCAAAGUAUUUGCCUGCGACUCGACCCGGGACGCAAUGUUUCAUGACGUCGAAUACAAAGUUUGAGAUUCCAUCGAGUUUCGAGUACGUCAAAACGAUUGGCUCAGGCGCCUAUGGUGUCGUCAUUUCGGCGACGGAUGCCAAAACGGGGAGAACUGUGGCGGUGAAGAAUAUUCAACGGGCUUUUGAUGACCUGACAGAUGCUAAGCGCAUUGUGCGGGAGAUUAAACUCAUGCGGCACUUGAACCACAAGUGCGUGCUUGGAGUCGAAGACAUUUUUGAGCCCGUGGCACUUUCCAAGUUUGAAGACGUGUACAUUGUGUCGCAGUUAAUGGCUACGGAUCUACAUCGCGUCAUCUACUCGCGACACGGAUUGUCGGACGAACACAUUGCGUUCUUUAUGUACCAGAUGCUGUGUGCGAUGAAGUACGUGCACUCGGCCAAUGUGAUUCACCGUGACCUGAAGCCGUCGAACGUGCUGGUGAAUGCCAAUUGCGAACUCAAGAUUUGUGAUUUCGGACUCGCAAGAGGCGUGUUCCCCGAAGAAGAGCUGGAGUUGACGGAAUAUGUGGUCACGCGGUGGUACCGUGCUCCCGAGAUCAUGCUGGGAUGCAUGAAGUACAAGUGCGAAGUGGAUGUCUGGUCAAUGGGCUGCAUCUUUGCUGAGAUGAUGUCGCGCAAGCCGCUGUUCCCAGGACAGGACUACAUUGAUCAGCUGCAUUUGAUCAUGAACGCGCUGGGUGCACCAAAUGACCAGGAUUUGUACUUCCUCUCGAACGCACGUGCACGCAAGUUCAUGAACGCUGAAUUUCAAAAGCGUGGACCGAACCCGACGAAGCCGCUCGCACAAAUGUUUGCGGAUGCACCGCCGGACGCACUGGAUCUCCUGCAAAAGAUGCUGGUGAUCGACCCGAACAAACGUAUUACGGUAAAUGACGCGCUCGCCCACCCGUACUUGGCAUCAAUUCGCAAUGUAGAAGACGAGACCACCGCCACUUCGAGUUUUGACUUUGAUUUUGAGAAUGAAACGCUGACGAAGCCGGUACUGCAGAAGCUCAUCUGGGAUGACAUGCGGCAUUUUCACCCAGAAGUAUGCGAAGGGUCAAGUGCGAGUGGUAAUAGCGAUGAAGGAGAUAGCAAUAGCUGCUUGGCUACGACUCAGACGUCCGUCACGCCCGUGACUCCCCCGACGCAUGGUACCGCGGAAGGUGACAAAUCAGAGUCUACAGAGACUUCAGCUCGAGUAAUAGACACUGAUGUCCAGGGAUCGAUGCCUGUUACAGAGGAGGAGGUACCGCAAGAAGGCGAUGCUGCAGCUGCACUUAAUGUUGAUGAAAAGCGGAGAUCCGCUGGUGAUCGAAAGAUCAUCCGGACAAGCAUAGAUGCUGGCAAGCCUACCGAUGCUUUGACGGAGCAAGAGGCUGGCGAACCGGCACGAGAAGUUGCAUGA